AUGGCACAAAACCUACCCAGCGAGUUCAAGAAGGCCGUGUUCGAAGCCAAAGGCCAACCACUUGUCUUCAAGCAUGUCAAGCUCGAGUUGCCCCAACCUGGCGAGGUCUUGGUCAAGGUUCUUGCUUGCGGAGUCUGCCACAGCGACCAUGUUGUUCAGCAUGGUUUGUUUGGCAAUUCAUUCCCCAUCACCCCGGGACAUGAAGUCAUUGGAGAAGUGGUUGCCGUGCCAGACACGGAAAAGCGCUGGAAGGUAGGAGAUCGAGUAGGCGCACCAUGGCAUGGCGGCCACGAUGGCACCUGCAAACAAUGUCAACGCGGGAUGUUCCAGAUGUGUGACAACGAGACUAUAAAUGGCGUGAUGAGGGAUGGAGGUUAUGCCGAGUAUGUGACUCUCAGGACAGAAGCAGCGGUUUCCAUCCCUCCCGACGCCGAUCCAGCUGCAUACUGCUCUUUGCUCUGCGCCGGGGUCACUGUUUUCAAUUCUUUGCGAAAUCAAAAGAUAUCUGCCGGUUCGACCGUUGCGAUCCAGGGUUUAGGAGGACUCGGCCAUCUCGCAUUGCAGUUCACAAGCAAGAUGGGAUACAGAACUGUGGCCAUCUCGUCAAGCUCGGCCAAGAAGGACUUUGCCAUGCAACUGGGCGCACACGAAUAUAUUGAUGCCUCCAAGGGCGACAUCGGAGAACAGCUCCAGAAGCUAGGAGGAGCGUCUUGCAUUCUUCUCACGGCGCCCAACCAGGAACUCAUUCCUCCAUUGCUUCAGGGGUUGGCUCCAUUGGGCAAGUUGCUCAUUCUGGCAGCAUCAGCCCCCGUGGAGGUCAACACUGCAUCAAUGAUCGCCAAAGGAUUGAGCAUUGUGGCAUGGCCCAGCGGCCACGCUCUGGACAGCGAAGAAACCGUCGCCUUUGCGCAGACACACAACGUCAAUGUGAUGAUUGAGAAAUUCCCGCUUGACAAGGCCAACGAGGCACUGGAGAAGAUGGUCAGUGGCAAGGUCAGAUUUCGAGCAGUGCUCAUCCCAUAG